UGAUUUGAAACGCAAAAUCGUCAAAAUGCUGAGGGCCGUUGUUGUGUUGUGCGUUGUAGGACUUGCGGCAGCUACGCCGGUGUUGGUGAGGACUGACGAGGAAGUGCAGGCCUUUAGACACUUCCUCGAAAGCACUAAAUCCAAUGAUGAGAGCCAGUUCAUCGCGAGGAGUCGUGCAUCUCCGUCUGCUAACGCAGAAGAGAACAGCGGCAAGUACCAGGGUGACAUCGUUCUUGAUGACGUCACCAUCGAGUCUAUGAUCAAAGAGUAUGCAAUGGGAAGAAACGCUUACGUGUACCCUGGUACAAAGUGGCCGGAAAAUACCGUCGUUUGGGAAUACGCGGAAGAUCAUUUUGACGAGAUCCAUAAAGCAGCCAUUGAGGACGGCAUCAAGCACAUUGAGAACAGCACCUGUAUAAAGUUCCGUUACCGCCGGCCAGAAGACACCAACUAUGUCUCCCUUACUGGUUUUCCCAACGGUUGCUACGCCCACGUCGGCUACUGGGAGGAACGUGGAGUGCACACCAUGAACCUGGCUCUCAACACGCCCGGCCUCGGCUGCUUCAGACACGGCACCAUUGUACACGAAUUCAUGCAUAUUAUUGGUUUCUUCCACAUGCAGUCUACACACGAUAGAGACGAUUAUGUCCAUAUCGCUACGGAGAAUAUUAUUCCUGGCCUGGAGCACAAUUUCGAUAUCUACACAUCGGAGUUAGUGAACAACUUGGGCAUCGAAUACGAUUACGUCAGUUGCCUGCACUAUGGUCCACGUGCUUUCAGCGUCAAUGGCGAGGACACUAUUAUUCCUUUAAGGGAACACGAGGGUGUGAUGGGCCAACGUGUAUACAUAACUGACAAGGACUGGCUCCGUAUCAACAGACAUUAUAACUGCCCAGGAGCGUGGAACUGAACAAUAAGACUUUAUGCAAUAUAUUAAAUUUUAUUUAAUCUGUG